AUGGCUGAAGAAUUGGUCGAAAUCGAUUGCAUUCUCACAACUCAUCGUUACUUGAAUUUUAUUACAGUACCUUUCUUCUUAUUGAAUAGCUUCGGAUUGUUUGUCAUCUAUUUUGCAACUCCAAAACAUUUAGGAACUUUCAAAUACUAUCAACUAAUUGUGCAGUUCCUCGGCCUCUUGAAUGAUUUCUUUCUUUGUUCAUGUGUUUUACCCGUUCCCUGUUUCCCAGCUCCAUCCGUUCUGUACAUUGGCCUCUUUGCGAAUCUCGGAGUAUCGAAAAUUUGUCAAAUUAGUCUGCAAACAUUUUUGCUUAUUGAAUUCGUGGUAGCUUUACUGGGAGCGAUCUUUGAGAAGGGACAGGCUGUUUUGCCUGAUCAUCACUGGGCAAAAUUUGGAAGAAGAAAAGCUCUUGUUACUGAAAUCUUCUGGUACUCUCAUCCACUUUUCCUACUUGAGCCUAUAGUUUAUGCAAUCUGGGCAGCAAAUGAUGAAAAAGUGGCAUUCAACGAGCAAAUUCAGAGAUUUCCGGAAAUUACCUCUUUUCUCACAAAUGUGAAUGUUUGGAUACUUGAAAAAUCAGUGGGUUCUGUAUUUGUGGCCACUCUAGCAAUCUACUUUUCGCUUUUUGGAGCAGUGCUUUUCGGCUUGCUCAUCUUUACCAAUCACACUCUGACACAACAACGAAACUUUAUGAGCUCUCGAACUUUACAUCUACACAAGAAAUGGAUCCGGAAUCUCAAUCUUCAGCUGAUUGUUCUCUUUGUGAUGUUCUUAGUCCCCGAUAUCUGGUUUAUCAUAUGUUUCUUAACUGCAAACACGAAAAUUAUUUGCUAUUCCAUCUUUGCCUCAUUCUUCUUUGCUUCUCAUUCAACAGUUGGUACUAUUGUUCAACUGACUUGUUAUGAUACUUACCGAGAAUUCGUUUUUCGACUCAUUCGAUGUGAAAACCCGAUAAAGAAGAAGAAAAAGCUGCAACCGAUUGCAAGGAUUGCUGUAGCUUGGACAAAAGAAAUCCCUAAAACCAAUAUCAAUGAGCGAUCACGGAUAUCAAGAAGCACAUCAGUGUUU